AACAAAGGUGGCACCCCUAGAUAUAUAUAGUUGUCUUUAUUUAGAUAUCUAUAUUUGAGAUCACUGGAGGAAAGUUCCAGCGCAUGUUAGGAUGCAUGAGUUUCUAAUUUAGCAGGCCAUGUGCUUCAGAGGAGACAGAGGGCUGGACAUGGAAGAGGUGCUGCUGCUUUGGCUAUUUAGGCUCAUCAGUUGGGAUGCUUUCUUGGAUUAGGUAAAAGCAAUGUGUGUUUGGUAACAGCUGAUGGUCCAGUGUGGGGAUUACUAGUGAAGUUGUUUACAUAAUGGAUUAUCCAUCUUUAAGCAUCUUACUCAGGUCCAGGAGACAAAGAGCCAAUUAGUGCCUUUCCAAACACCUUAUUUAAAGGCAGCCAGCACAGUGCUAUCCAUAGUCAGGCCCCUUCAGAGCAACAAGGACAAAUUGCUUGGAAUAAGUUCAAGAAGACUCAGCAAUCCAUCAGAAUGAAAUACGCUCAGUACACAUUCCUGGUGACGAUCAUCUCCAUUAUCGAUUACUCCUCGGCGCAGCCUUCAUGUGCAGUGGAAUCUUUCUCUGUGAAGGAAGACUUUGACCCCAAGAGGUAUGCAGGUAAAUGGUAUGCGCUGGCCAAGAAAGACCCAGAAGGCCUGUUUCUACAAGAUAACAUCUCAGCUGAAUAUACCAUUGAGGAGGACGGCACUAUGAUUGCAUCUUCCAAAGGCAGAGUGAAGCUUUUCGGGUUCUGGGUGAUCUGCGCUGACAUGGCCGCCCAAUACUCGGUGCCUGACCCCACCACUCCAGCAAAAAUGUUCAUGAAUUAUCAAGGCCUGGCAAGCUAUUUGUCAAGCGGAGGUGACAACUACUGGGUGAUUGACACAGACUACGACAACUAUGCCAUCACCUAUGCCUGCCGCAGUCUGAAAGAGGAUGGCUCCUGCGAUGACGGCUACUCCCUUAUUUUCUCUCGCAACCCUCGUGGUCUCCCCCCAGCCAUUCAGCGCAUUGUGCGCCAGAAGCAGGAAGAAAUCUGCAUGUCUGGCCAGUUCCAGCCUGUGCUACAGUCAGGGGCCUGUUAAAUCAAGACUCCUUCAGAGUUGGAGCCGAGGCCUGAUCUCUGCAUCUUGAAGUCGUCCAUGUAGUGUUUGGAUUAGAGCUUUCCCUCAAACACAUCUAAGUGUUGGCUUGUUGUUUUUAUUUUACGGCACUUGGGUGCCACACACCUCGCUUGUCUGAACUCAAAAGA